ACGUUAAACAAUUAGGGGAAACCCCAAAUACUUACAAAAAAUAGUAAAUAAUUAACAGUUAGGAGAAUUGGGGAAGUCCCUCUAAACAUUACGUAUCCUCGUCCUGAAUUUGUUCAUGAUUUGGAUGUAUGAGCUAUUUUAUAGCAAUUACCAUGAGAAAUCAUUUUUAUUUCAGUUAAACUUAUCAUAUUCUUAUCACGCUAUUGUUUUUAGAGCUUUACGUAAAGGUGAAAAGUAUCAUUUACAUCUUGACAACAUUAAAUAUAAUUGGACUAAAGGGGCAAUACUUAAGCAACAAUGAAAGAUUGCUUAAAUACAAAAAUCUCCUCGAAACAGCAAAAUUAGCUCACAAAAUGUGCUCGAAAGCUAUAAAAAGCUUGGGUUCAAAAGGAGGAAAGCCAGUGUGUUCAAUUUCCAUUACACCAUUAAACCUUACAGAAAUAGAUAAGUUAAACCAAAGAAAACAAAAAUUUAUCAUAUUUUACAAAAUGUUGAAUGAAGUAAAUGUGGACAUACAAAAGCAACCAAAAAAGAUUCCACUGUCGUUUGAUGAAGUGAAACAUCUCAAAUCAAAAAUCAAAGACAUUGUUAAAACUGCGAUAUAUAUGACAAGGCAUAUGCCGAACAACGUUGCAGGGAAAAAGAAAAAUGUAAAAUUUAACCUCACAUACAAUCAAUCAAGAAAGAGCGCGAUAAAAUUGUUUCAGUGUCUACAAAUUGAGCUGUUGUAUUCGAUUAGUUUCUACGAUAGUAUGGUAAAGAUCUUGUCAAAGAACGGUUGAUUAAUAAAAGCAAAAACAAUGUCAUUGUUAGCAAUGUUAGAAAGUAAACUUUAUAAGUUUUUCUA